UUACCUUGUAGAGUUACAGAGUUUUAUGGGACGUGCUGCUCUUUUAAAAAAGUUGUUUGGUUGAGUCUAUCUGCAGGACUUUAUGUGUUGUGGAAACCUCAAACAUAUCAGGAUCCUGUGAUAAACUACAAUAACAUCUUGAUCAAGGUGAAGGAGCGUCAGUCAGAAACUCUAGAUUUGAGAAAAACUGAACCUAUUGGAUAACCGUAGUAAACUACAGUAACUUCUUGAUCAAGCUGUUAAUGACCUGAACUGGAUGUGCUGGAUUUUUCAAACUGGAUUGGUGACUUGAUGAAAGAAGCAAGAGAGUUUUCCAUUUUAAAUGAAUUGGCAUGUUGGGAAAGCAUUAGAUGAGCAAACUGUCAGGAAGCUGUGGUAAACUGCUGUAACUUUUUUAUUCAGUGUGCAGCUCCAUGAAGAGUGAAUGAAUCAUGGAGGACAAACAAACAAGCAGUGUUGAAGAUCUUAAUCCAGGAUGCAGCAGUCAGAGGUCAGAAACACCAGAGCCCAGCGGUGUGUCUAUGAAGUGUGACCAGUCAAUAAUAGAGCCAGUCAAAUUUGAUGAAGGACACACAUCAACUGAUCUGAGCAGUUGGAGAUCAGAAACAUCAGAGUCCAGCGGUGUGUCUAUGAAGUGUGACCAGUCAAUAAUAGAGCCAGUCAAAUUUGAUGAAGGACACACAUCAACUGAUCUGAGCAGUCAGAGGUCAGAAACACUAGAGUCCAGCUUUGUCUCCAUGCAGAGUGACCAGUCAAUAAAAGUGCCAUUCAAAUUUGAUGGAGGACACACACCAGCUGAUCUGAGUCUCAAUGCUCAACUGCCUGAAAACCAACUCAAAUCAAAUCUGCUGAAGAAGUUUCAGUGCGUGUCUGAAGGAACACAAAGAAACCGAACACUCCUGAAUGAGAUCUACACCGAGCUCUACAUCACAGAGAGUGACAGUGGAGAGAUCAAUAAUGAGCAUGAGCUGAGACAGAUUGAAACACAAUCCAGGAGAUCAGCAACAGAGGACACACCGAUCCAAUGCAGAGACAUCUUUACACCUUUACCUAAUCAAGACAAAGCCAUCAGAACUGUGCUGACCAAGGGAGUCGCUGGUAUUGGGAAAACAGUCCCUGUGCAGAAGUUCAUUGUGGACUGGGCUGAAGAGAAAGAGAAUCAGGACAUCCAGUUCAUAUUUCCACUUCCUUUCAGAGAGAUCAACCUGAUGAAGGACAGAAAACUCAGUCUGUCAGAUCUGCUGUCUGUGUUUUUCCCUGAAACUAAACAAAUACAAUUAUCCAGUGAUGAAUAUAAAGUGUUGUUCAUCUUUGAUGGUCUGGAUGAGUGUCGUCUCUCUCUGGACUUUAAUAGUGAUGUGAAACUGCGUAAUGUCUCUGAAUCCGCCUCAGUGGACGUGCUGCUGACGAACCUCAUUGCAGGGAAUCUGCUUCCCUCUGCUCUCAUCUGGAUCACCUCCAGACCAGCAGCAGCAGAUCUCAUUCCCUCUGAGUUUGUCCAUCGAGUGACAGAGGUACGAGGCUUCAAUGACCCUCAGAAGGAGGAAUACUUCAGGAAGAGAAUCAGAGAUCAGAGUCUGGCCGAUACAAUCAUCUCACACCUGAAGUCCUCCAGGAGCCUCCACAUCAUGUGCCAUAUCCCAGUGUUCUGCUGGAUCUCAGCCACUGUUCUGGAGAAGAUCUUCAGUCAAGCAGAGAGAGGAGAGAUUCCCAAGACUCUCACUCAAAUGUACACACACUUCCUGAUCAUGCAGACCAACAUCAGACAUGAGAAGGACUAUGAGGAGAAGGUCAAAGAUGGAGACAUGAUCCUCAAACUAGGGAAACUGGCUUUUGAGCAGCUUGAGAAAGGCAACCUGAUCUUCUAUGAGGAAGACCUGAGAGAGUGUGGCCUUGAUGUGACAGAAGCAUCAGUUUACUCAGGAUUGUGCACUCAGAUCUUCAGAGAGGAGUUUGGCUUCAGUCAGGGGAAAGUUUUCCGCUUUGUUCAUCUGAGCAUCCAGGAACAUCUAGCAGCUCUAUAUGCUCAUCUCUUCUGUACAGAAAACUCCAUAAAGUUAUACUGGAAAUCAUUUAAUCCAUUAAUUGUUCUUCAUCAGAGUGCUGUGAAUGAGGCUUUACAGAGUAAGAAUGGACAUCUGGAUCUUUUCCUGCGUUUUCUUCUGGGUCUCUCAUUGGAAUCCAAUCAGACUCUCUUGCGAGAGCUACUGAAACAGACAAGAAGCUGCUCUUACAACAAAAGGAAAACAGUUCAGCUCAUCAAGCAGAAGAUCAAAGAAAUAGACUGUCCAGAGAGAUCCAUCAAUCUGUUCCACUGUCUGAAUGAACUGGGUGAUCAAUCACUGAUGAAGGAGAUCCAGGAUUAUCUGAAAUCAGAAAAAAUAGGAGAAACCAAACUCUCCUCUUCUCAGUGGUCAGCUCUGGUUUAUGUGUUGCUGACAUCAGAGCAGAAGAUGGAGGAUUUUGAUCUAAAUCAGUUUAUUGGAACCCAAAACACAGCAGAUGAAGUUCUUCAGAAACUGCUGCCUGUGGUGAAAGAAUCCAGAUCAGUUCAGUUGAAAUAUUGUGGAGUCACAGCUGAAGGUUGUGCUGCUCUGGCUUCAGUUCUGAGAUCAAACUCUUCACUCCUGACUGAACUGGAUCUGUCUGUAAAUAAAGUAGGAGACUCAGGAGUGAAGCUGCUCUCUGAUGCACUGAAGGAUCCUCACUGUAAACUGGAGAUACUGAGGUUGAGUGAUUGUGGAGUCACCGCUAAAGGUUGUGGUGCUCUGGCUUUAGCUCUGAGAUCAAACUCUUCCCUCCUGACUGAACUGAAUCUGUCUGGAAAUAAAAUAGAAGACUUAGGAGUGAAGCGGCUCUCUGAUGGACUGAAGGAUCCUCACUGUAAACUGAAGAUACUGAGGUUGACGGAUUGUACAAUCACAGAUGAAGGUUGUGCUGAUCUGGCUUCAGCUCUGAAAUUAAAUUCACACCUGACUGAACUGGAUCUGACAUGGAAUACACUAGGAGACUCAGGAGUGAAGCGGCUCUCUGAUGGACUGAAGGAUCCUCACUGUAAACUGGAGAAACUGAGGUUGAGUCGUUGUAAAGUCAGAGAAGAAGGUUGUGCUGCUCUGGCUUCAGCUCUGAAAUCAAACCCUGACCACCUGAGAAAACUGGAUCUGACUGGAAAUGAACAAGGAAACAAUGGAGUGAAGCUGCUCUCUAAAUUAAAGGCUGAUCCAUGUUAUAAACUGGACACUCUUAUAUUCGGAUAUUAACCGGAGCUUCUCUGGAUCAGCUGCUGGUGAAUAAAGAGUCACUUCCGUCACAUUCAAUACACGCACACACACACACACACACACACACACACACGCACACACACGCACACACACACACACACACACACACAGAUUUUUUUUAAAUGUAGUAUUAACAGUUUUACAAACUGUAGCCUGUUUGAGGCAAUAUGUGUGGUUCUAAUGUUACACAAUUUCAGCAGAAGAUUAAAUGACAUUUGUGUAAAGAGUUUAUAAUUACAUUAAUAAGAGACUCUUCAUUCAUACUUUACAUGAUAGUUGUGUAAAACAGAUAUUUAUGUUGUAGAAUAUUGUACAUAAUGUGGAUAAAAACACAUCUGAACUCAAGACACACUUUAAGACGCUGGUUAAUGUAUAGUCAGUGAUGUUGACUCACUCAAAGGUUCUGUUUUGAUCAGUCAGGCUUAUGGUGGAUGGUAAACUCUACCUUUUUAUACUGUGGUGAAGGUGAACAGGGUGUGAAGUUGUUCAUCUUGUACGUCCGGCAGAAAAGCGGCUCCUCUUUUGUUUCCACUUUGACCUGUAAUGGACUGUAGUCUCCUUCAUCUACCUGUUCCUGUCUGAAACACAUGCAGGAGGGGUAAUAUAGGAUAAACGCAGGUAUUUUACUCUUGAGGAGAACAUCUUGAUCAUGUAGAGGGUAAUAACUGUGAUGGACACUAUAUUGGCUACAUCAGUAUUUGCCUAUAUUAAUAUUAUUAUUGUUUUGUACUAACUGAUAAUCUGAUUGACCUGAUGAUGGAGGCUUUGUGUUUUUCAAUAUACAUACAUGACAAAGGUACUAAAGUUGUUUUUGCUGCUUUGUCCAUAUAAAAAGAUAUGAAAAUGAAAAGUUGUGAAGAGUUUUACAAGAUUCAAGUUAAGAGAUUUACAGAAAGGGUGUUUUUGUUGUGCUUUGAAGGAUACAAUUGCAAAAAAAAUAAAUAAAUCUGUUUUUGCAAAUGAACUCUUUAAAUAGUAUAAAAAGCAUAUUCUACAAUGGUACUCAUAAGUAAAUAAACAGAUGUUAAAGACUCAUCUGAAA